GCCAUCAACCAUACCAUUGCAUAGCCCCGUCGCAGCUUUGAAUAGCAUAGCAUGCUAGCUUAUCCCAUAAUACCUCCCAGACCAAACAUGAGUCUAUUCACAUGUGUGCUUGCGACCCCGAACGCCUUUAUCAACUUGAACCCUCUGUCUACCUGAUCAUGAUGGUAUCCCUUGCUGUCGUAUCUAUUGCACUCACUAGCAUCAUAUUCAAAUCAAUACUUUCAAGGGAAAACUCGAACAUCCAGUAUUUCUCGAAAACACGCACCCCAAGGUGGCAGAAAAAUUUUACUUUCAUGGGCGACGACUUUCCUGAGUCCCUAGUACCUGAUGCAGCUAAAGUGAGAUUCGUGGUGGAGGAAAGCGUACGCUUUGCGCUAGACCUUCCAGAGUCCAAGACGGAAUGGCUUUCCACUUCUCCCCCAGGGACUGGAUACGUAGUUCUGGGUGCGGAGAAUCGGGUUUUCUUCGUGGCCAUGUUCCAUCAGCUUCACUGUCUCAGGCUCUUGCAAGUGGCUAGGCUCGCGGGUCAGAACUCUGAUCAAAAGCAUACUCAUCACUGUCUUAAUUAUCUAAGACAAUGGACACUGUGCCAAGCAGAUCUGACACUGGAGGCAGGAGAUUUUACAACGCGAGACUUCGAACAAGACCGCGUUGGUGCUACACACGUCUGCAGAGACUGGGGGGAGCUAUACGACAGUGUUACCAUCAAUUGGAAAGACCGGCAACUUGGCAAUCAUACAGCAUGAGUGCACGAAUUCCAUACCUUUUAGUAGUAGAACUGUUGUAGUAGCGUAGGGCACCUAUCCCCAACUCAUGGUUAUUCAUUAGUAUCCCGUAAUUAUACUUGAAACUUACAAACACUGCGUG